ACAGCUUCCGCGCCGCAUCGAGUAGAAGAAGAGUUCAGUCUCUGAGAGCUGCCCGCAGGUAUUCAUUACCAUGCCCGGAAAAGCAGGUGGGCUCGGCGGCUUCGCUCAGGUAACGGACUGUUUAUACGUCGGCAACAGCAAAACAGCAAACGAUUCUUCCGUCAUGCGGUCUCUCAGCAUCACAUGCAUUAUUAACGCAACUCAGGACGCAAGCAACACCAACAUUCCCUCUAUUGAUUACUUGCACGUUCCCGUCACUGAUGAUCCUGAAUCCAAACUCUGUGACUAUUUUGACGUGGUUGCUGAUAAGAUACAGCGUGUUAGUGAUGAUCACGGCCAUGUGCUGCUGCACUGUAACGCAGGCGUCAGUCGCUCUGCCACGCUGUGUCUGGCCUACCUGAUGAAACACCGCCGUCUGACGCUAGCGGAGGCGCACGUGAUGCUCAAAUCACACAGACCCAUAGUGAGACCGAACAGCGGCUUCUGGAGGCAGCUGAUCGAGUACGAGCACAAAUUACAUGGCAAAAAUACAGUCAGUAUGAUAAACUCACCUGUCGGACUCAUUCCAGAUUUGUAUGAGAGAGAAACAAGAGGCUUGAUUCCACUUUAGGAAAUGAAGUAGUUGAUCUUCAAGUGUCCUUUUAUUUCAUUCAUAUUUGAAUGAUUUUUGUACAGUAUAUUUUUUUUUAUCUGACUUGAUUUUUCUUUAUAAUAAAAUUGUUGAUGUUGUGCAAUAAAA